AUGAAGCGACGGCAUGGUCAAAACAGAUGUGUGCUAGAGAACAUCCUUCCAAGCCAUGUGGCUAAACACUUCCUCGAGGAUAAGGUCAGCAGCAAAUCGAAGGAUCUUUAUCAUGAGGCUAGGGACUACGCCUGCAUCAUCUUCAUUACAAUCACCGACUUCAGUCGUUUCUACAUGGAAUUGGAUGCAAACAACGAAGGCGUCGAAUGUCUACGACUCCUGAACGAGAUCAUAUCAGAUUUUGACGAGCUCUUAGAUAGAGAAGAAUUCAAAUGUAUAGAGAAAAUCAAGACGAUCUCUACGACAUACAUGGCAGCUAGUGGACUUGCUGGAAAGAUCGAAGGAAAUGCACAUGUGGUAGCUGUGGCUAACUUUGCACUGCAGCUCCUCGCCAAAAUCAAAGUCAUCAAUGAGCACAGCUUCAACAAUUUCGAUCUCCGAAUAGGAAUCAAUACUGGCCCAGUGGUUGCUGGUGUAAUUGGACUGAUGAAACCACACUAUGAUAUUUGGGGUAAUUCGGUAAAUGUCGCAAGUCGUAUGGAUUCCUCAGGAGUACCUGGGAAAAUACAGGUGACCGAAGAAACAAAAAGCAUUUUGGAAAAGGAAGGUUUCGAAUUUGAAUGUCGUGGAGAGAUCAAUGUGAAAGGCAAAGGACUGAUGACCACGUACUUCUUGAAAACAGCUCCUGAUCAAGAGGAAUUAUUCAUUUGA